CCAAGUGACAGUGAGGAUUCUUCUGUAUACUAACACUAUAUAAACACACCUCAUAGCAUCACUUUUUAGCAUCAAAUAUCAAACACAUUCUUCUAAAUCUUCAGAUCAAACAUGGCCUUCUCAAAAACCCCAUCUUUUUCAGGAUUCGUCCUCCUAAUCUCUCGUCUCCUUAGAAAAUACUAUAGAAACCAAAAGGGUCUGCAGAGAAGCCUAAGUACUGCAAAUUCAUUCAAUUCCCAACAUAAAGUAAAGAGCCAAUUAUCUCUUUCAGAAAGAGUUGAGCCUUCUGAAAACACAACUGUAGUGUUUAAUGUAGAGGGCUCUUUGCUGAAAUCUUCAUCUCUUUUUCCAUACUUCAUGUUAGUUGCCUUUGAAGCCGGUAGCCUCAUAAGGGCCCUCAUUCUUUUAAUUUUAUACCCUAUUAUCAGCCUACUUAGUUAUGAACAUUCGAUUGAUGUUAUGGUCAUGAUUUCAUUUUUCGGGAUGAAAAAAAAGAGUUUUCGAGUAGGAAGUUCAGUUCUGCCAAAGUAUUUUCUUGAGGAUGUUGGUGAUGAAGUGUUUGCGGUGUUGCAAAAAGCCAAAAGGAAAAUUGCAGUCACUAAUUUGCCUCAAGUCAUGGUUGAGAGCUUCUUAAGUGAUUACUUGGAGAUCGAAUCUGUCAACGGAAGAGAGCUAAAAGUUGUUUGUGGAUAUUAUGUUGGCCUAAUGGAGGAUAGGAGUAACAGCAUAUUGGUGGAUCUAUUCAAGGAUGAGAAUGUAUCUGAGGAUGUAAUCGGACUCGAUAGCCUCAACACAUCCGUUGCUCAUAGAGGAUUCUCUCAUUGCAAGGAGUUUUUCAUGGUAAAUGAAGCAGAGAAGCUAAAAUGGAAGUCACUUAGCAAGGAAAAUUAUCUGAAACCUCUCAUUUUUCACGAUGGUCGAUUAGCUUUUAGGCCAACUCCACUUUCCAUGCUUGUCAUGUUUGUUUGGCUCCCUCUCGGAACAAUAAUUGCCAUAAUCCGAAUCCUUAUUGCCAUUUCUUUACCAUACAGUAUCUCCACUCCUCUGUUAACCUUCUCAGGAAUUAAGCUCAAGGUUUUCGAACCCGUCCAAAGGCCAAAAACACAGUCAAAAACCAAAGGUUCUCUAUAUGUAUGCAACCACAGAACAUUACUGGACCCUCUAAUUCUCUCAUUCGGACUCGUGAAACCUUUGGCUGCAGUAACAUACAGCCUCAGCAGAAUGUCUGAAAUUUUAUCACCAAUCAGAACAGUCCGAUUAACGAGAAACAGAGACAAAGACAGAGAAAUGAUGGAUAGAUUAUUGAAUCAAGGGGAUUUGGUUGUUUGCCCUGAAGGAACUACUUGCAGAGAACCUUACUUGCUAAGGCUCAGUCCUUUGUUCACAGAACUGACUGAUGAUAUCGUCCCUGUUGGCGUAGACACGGAAGUGAGCAUGUUUCAUGGUACAACAUCUAGUGGAUUGAAGUUCUUGGAUCCAAUUUUCUUCCUUAUGAACCCUACUCCAAGCUACACACUGCAAGUACUUGGAAAAAUUUGUGGCGUUUCAAGCAACGACGACAAAAGCUCAAGGUUUGAUGUGGCCAAUAAGGUGCAGAGUGAGCUUGGCAAGGCCUUAGGAUUCGAAUGCACGAUGCUAACAAGGAAGGACAAGUACAUGAUCUUGGCAGGCAAUGAAGGAGUAGUUUCUGCUGGAAACAAACAAUAAUUAGCUAAUUUUUUCAUAUCAUAGCUCUCAGAAUAGUCGAGUUAGACAAUUCUUUUAGUGCAUAUUAUUCAAUUUUUUGUCUGUAUAAUCAUCCGACAACUAGUAUGCUUGUCUGUAAUAAUUAGUAGAUUGUAUACAAAUAUACCGAUUUACACAAUA